AUGCAAUUUAACUUUUUAGACGUCGCCGAAGACGUCGCCGAAGACGUCGCCGAAGACGUCGCCGAAGACGUCGCCGAAGACGUCGCCGAAGACGUCGCCGAAGACGUCGCCGAAGACGUCGCCGAAGACGUCGCCGAAGACGUCGCCGAAGACGUCGCCGAAGACGUCGCCGAAGACGUCGCCGAAGACGUCGCCGAAGACGUCGCCGAAGACGUCGCCGAAGACGUCGCCGAAGACGUCGCCGAAGACGUCGCCGAAGACGUCGCCGAAGACGUCGCCGAAGACGUCGCCGAAGACGUCGCCGAAGACGUCGCCGAAGACGUCGCCGAAGACGUCGCCGAAGACGUCGCCGAAGACGUCGCCGAAGACGUCGCCGAAGACGUCGCCGAAGACGUCGCCGAAGACGUCGCCGAAGACGUCGCCGAAGACGUCGCCGAAGACGUCGCCGAAGACGUCGCCGAAGACGUCGCCGAAGACGUCGCCGAAGACGUCGCCGAAGACGUCGCCGAAGACGUCGCCGAAGACGUCGCCGAAGACGUCGCCGAAGACGUCGCCGAAGACGUCGCCGAAGACGUCGCCGAAGACGUCGCCGAAGACGUCGCCGAAGACGUCGCCGAAGACGUCGCCGAAGACGUCGCCGAAGACGUCGCCGAAGACGUCGCCGAAGACGUCGCCGAAGACGUCGCCGAAGACGUCGCCGAAGACGUCGCCGAAGACGUCGCCGAAGACGUCGCCGAAGACGUCGCCGAAGACGUCGCCGAAGACGUCGCCGAAGACGUCGCCGAAGACGUCGCCGAAGACGUCGCCGAAGACGUCGCCGAAGACGUCGCCGAAGACGUCGCCGAAGACGUCGCCGAAGACGUCGCCGAAGACGUCGCCGAAGACGUCGCCGAAGACGUCGCCGAAGACGUCGCCGAAGACGUCGCCGAAGACGUCGCCGAAGACGUCGCCGAAGACGUCGCCGAAGACGUCGCCGAAGACGUCGCCGAAGACGUCGCCGAAGACGUCGCCGAAGACGUCGCCGAAGACGUCGCCGAAGACGUCGCCGAAGACGUCGCCGAAGACGUCGCCGAAGACGUCGCCGAAGACGUCGCCGAAGACGUCGCCGAAGACGUCGCCGAAGACGUCGCCGAAGACGUCGCCGAAGACGUCGCCGAAGACGUCGCCGAAGACGUCGCCGAAGACGUCGCCGAAGACGUCGCCGAAGACGUCGCCGAAGACGUCGCCGAAGACGUCGCCGAAGACGUCGCCGAAGACGUCGCCGAAGACGUCGCCGAAGACGUCGCCGAAGACGUCGCCGAAGACGUCGCCGAAGACGUCGCCGAAGACGUCGCCGAAGACGUCGCCGAAGACGUCGCCGAAGACGUCGCCGAAGACGUCGCCGAAGACGUCGCCGAAGACGUCGCCGAAGACGUCGCCGAAGACGUCGCCGAAGACGUCGCCGAAGACGUCGCCGAAGACGUCGCCGAAGACGUCGCCGAAGACGUCGCCGAAGACGUCGCCGAAGACGUCGCCGAAGACGUCGCCGAAGACGUCGCCGAAGACGUCGCCGAAGACGUCGCCGAAGACGUCGCCGAAGACGUCGCCGAAGACACAGUUCAGUAA